AUGAAUACAUAUGUGGCGGAAAUUGGGGAGAUUGUGAGAUCUCAUCGACGGGAUGAGGAGUAUAUUGAGGAGAUUUCGGAGAGAUUGAGCAAGGUCGCCAAAGAACUCCUCGGACAGCGACGGUGGAUACGGUGGUUUCCGUAUUUGAAGACCAUCGCAUCGACUCUCUACUACUCGAGUACUGUAGUUGUUGGUAACCAAACGCUUGGCGAGGAAUACGUUCAUCUGUUCGAGUCGGACGGUCUCCAACGAGUCGUCCCGUCGAUUCCAUCUCGGAUUUCUUUCGUUUUACUCCAUUCAGUCUUUCCGUUGAUUUCUAAUUAUUUGAUACAGAAAGCCGAGACCACCCUAACGCAUCCAUCGACCGACAAAUUCCUCGGCGUCGAAAUCCGUCGAAAUCCGAAGGCUCGUCAAUCGUUUCUCUCGGUAUUCUAUUGGCUCAGAACUACUCUCUUCCCACAGUUACAACGUGCUCAUAUCGCCUUGUUCUACAUCACUGGAGCAUAUUAUAGUAUUGCGAGACGAGUCACCGGAAUACGAUUCUUGUCGGCCAGUGCGCAUACGGAUAUUCCGGCGCUGAAAGUCUAUCGAUUCUUGGGAUAUAUCACAUUGACUCAAUUGACAAUCAGCAUUAUUCUCGCUGUGUUCUCUUGGUUGGAACAGGAAAAAGCGAAUAGUAAAUUGAAGAAAAGUGAAAAAGAGAAGAAGAAGAAUUUGACGACGGAUUUGGACGUGGAAACGCUCUCCCAUCCGACAUUCCAGUGCUCAAUUUGCCUCGAAAACCGUAAUCCAUCGGCGCUCUUCUGUGGUCAUUUGUUCUGUUGGACGUGUAUUCAGGAGCACGCCGUAUCUGCCACGUCAUCAUCUGCCACGUCAUCUGCCAGGUGUCCUCAGUGUCGAUUGGAAUUUCAGCCACGUGACGUCACGCCGUUGUUGAAUUUGUAG